CUUUUUUUCCAAACGUCCAUCGAUGAUCGUGGGUGAUUUGCUUGAGCCAUAAUUCACGUACUAUGUAGCAUCUCAACAAAGUCAAGGAUACUGGUAUAUCAACUUAUCCACUUUGAUCGAUCCCUCUUUUAUGGUUGCCUAAUAGAUCGAUCUCUCAACCAUGGACAAUGCUCGUUCCAGCCAGCGAGACGAGGAGGACGAGCUCCAUCACGGUAAGAACUACGAUGCCUACGUGAUCAAGAAGCUCGCCGCUAGUAGCAACACCACCAUGAUCCCAGGGAUCAAAGUCUGGGGUAUCGUCUUCUCCCUCUUGUUCUCGACACUCUUGCUCGUCCUCUUCCUCAAUCCCAGCGCUCUUCGAUCCCAAGACGUCUCGCUUGGAACAUCUCCACCGCCACCCCGAGUGUCGCAAUUCAAGCCCCUCCCUCACUACGAUCUCACCGCCGUGCGCCCGCUCGACGCCCUCUCGCGCGUCCCAAGGAUCCGCGCCCCCGGCGAGCAGCGCACCAUCUCCAUGGAUCCGUCGCCCAAUUGCCUCAAGCACCCCUCCAACGGCGUCGACGACGAUUGCUGGAACGCUCUCCGCCGCGACCAGUACCUGCGCGUGCUGGACGAGCUCUACGAGUCGCCAGACUCGGUGCUGGCGCGAUUCAAGCCCGACGACAACUGGCAGAUCUUCGAUCUGAUCACGCCCACGUACCGCUGCGACGCGAAUUCCCUGCGGAGGGUCGGGGUCCCGGGAGAUGGCGGGAAAUGGGUGUGUGGGCCAGUUAGGGUUCUUGGGCCCAAAUGCGUGAUCUUCUCGCUGGGAUCGAACAACCAGUUUGAUUUCGAGGAGGCGAUCGACGCGCACACGGGUGGCGAGUGUGAGAUCCACACUUUCGACUGCACGGGGGAGUGGUCCAAUCCACACACCAAGUUCCAUCCAUGGUGUUUCGGGGGAGAGGAUAAAACUGAUGAGAAUGGGAGGAUUUUCAAGAGGCUGAGCACUGCCGCGAGAGAGAUUGGCGUGACGAGCAUCUCGCUGCUCAAGAUGGACAUCGAGCUCGCGGAAUUCGACGUGUUCGAGGGAUUGAAAUUCGAGGACGAGGGCUUCUUGCCGGAUCAAAUCCUCUUCGAGCUCCACACAUUUGGGUACCCCGCGACGAGCAAGCACAAGGACGAUUGGCCUCGCACGGUCAUGGAUCUCGUGCGAGACAUCGAUGCCAUGGGCUAUAGCUUUGCAUUCGAGGAGAGGAACUUGGGAUGGAUCAAAUGCUGCGAGUACGUGAUUGUCCGCGACAGGCCCUCCACGAUCAACCCCAAGAACAACACAUGGCACGAUUAGGGCAUGUGACAUCUACCAGCUUUUACUAUCUUGUAAUGGCAUCGUGGAUACAUUGGUAUUCCAAAUAACAAGAACCACAACCAAUAAAAAAAAAUUAUUAGAAUUGAGCAAUAAA